AUGGCUGACCAAAUGGCCACGAUAGAAGAUUCUCAAGAACCAUCAGCAGACCCCCUGGACCUUCCCAGCUCACUACGUGUAAUCUCCCUCAACUGCUGGGGCUUGAAAUUCCUGUCGAAAUACCGCCACGCCCGCCUCGUAGAAAUCGGCCACCAACUCGCCAAAGCGACUCCCGCUCCUCAAAUCGUCGGACUGCAAGAAUGCUGGACCCAACAGGAUUACCUUGCAAUUCGUGAAUUGACGAAACAUAUCUUGCCCUACGGCAAAUUCUACUGGAGCGGCAUCUUCGGCGGCGGUCUCGCUAUCUUGUCCAAAUGGCCGAUAGAAGAGAGCUCCAUGUUUCGAUAUCCACUCAAUGGACGACCGCAGGCUUUCUUCCGAGGCGACUGGUAUGUUGGGAAGGGAGUGGCGAGUGCCCGGAUCCGAAUUGGGACAGGACGAAAAGAUGUCGUGGAGGUGUUUUGCACGCAUCUGCAUGCUCCGUAUGAGCGGGAGCCGAAUGAUAGUUAUAUCUGUCAUCGGACCGCUCAGGCUUGGGAGAUUGCGAAGAUGAUGAGACAUGCUGCGGAACGGGGACAUAUGGUUCUAGGAUUGGGAGACUUCAAUAUGAUUCCGCUUAGUCUUGCGCACAGGCUGAUUGAGGCACAUUCGCCUGUAAAGGAUAUCUGGAGGAUUGUCAAGCCUGAUUCAGCUGUUGGUGCGGCGGAGGAUAGUGCUGAGAAAGCGAGAGGACUGGUGGUACCAAGUUCGAGGAUGUGCUUGGAGGAGCAUGGCACGACUUGUGAUCAUAGAUUCAAUACUUGGCGGUGGAGUAAGCAAAUGAAGAAGGAUUUUUUCAAGGGCAAGGACUCUUAUAUCGAUCCUGAGGCGGAGGAUCAUAGGGCGAAACGGCUUGAUUACGUCUUCUUUGCUAGUCAGGAAGGGGUGAGGUGGCAGGUGCAGGAUGUGCAAGUCGGGUUCACGAUGAGGCAUCCGACGCUUUUGUGUUCAUUGAGCGAUCACUUUUCGAUUGAGACUACGCUGGUACGACACCCGACUGUAGGGGAGAAGACGGAAGACAAGGUCAUGACAAGUUUUCUGCCGGUCGAGACGUACGAUGAGAUUCUGGCUAUGGUUGCAAAAUACAAUAUCCGUGAGCGGAAGCAGCGACGGUGGCGUCUGAGACACUUUGGGGCGGAAGUGGUCAUUACCAUUGGCUGUUUCAUAGCUGUUUGGUGGUCGCCGCGCAACUUUGUGGCAUUCAUUCUUAUGCUUGUCAGCACUCUUGGCCUCAGUGCUGGCGUCCUGGAUGGCCUGAUGGGAGGGCUGUUUGUUGGUAGCGAGAUCAGAGCACUGAAAGAGUUCGAGUACGAGGUCAGACUGGCGAAGGAACAAGCAUUACGUGCGGCUGCGUAA